GUCAUAUUUUGUCGCCGGAAACGUUCAGCAUGUAGCGGGUUUGCAGCUGUCUUGUAGAAGAGAUCCAAAGGUGACGAUGUGACCAGAGACUGCCGCUACAUUGGGUUUUCUUGCUCUCCGGUGGAGAGGCUGUCGGCAGGUUCGAGUCUCAGGAGGGAACCGAGCGGUGGUGGCCAGGAUGGACGACUGGACCCCGAACCCCCGAGCGAAGCCCUUCAUCCCCCGCCAGCAACGAAGCCUUUACUUAGCCUGGAAAUACAAACUAACCAACAAGCGAGCGAUCCGCCGCUUCUGUCAGGCUGGUGCAGUCUUGUUUCUGCUCAUCACUGUGAUUGUCAACAUCAAGCUGAUUCUGGACACCAGAAGAGCAGCCAAUGAGGAGGAGGCAGCGCUGGCGUAUGGUGAGCAGCAGAUGUUCAAGGACGCGUUGCCAAACAUGGAGACACCGCGCAGACCUGUUGGUGGACGCAAGCUCCUGGACAUCGAGGUGUACUCCAGCCGCUCCAAGGUGUAUGUGGCCGUGGACGGAACCACUGUGCUGGAGGACGACAUGCGAGAGCAAGGCAGAGGCAUCCACGUGAUCGUUCUCAACCAGGCGACUGGACACGUGAUGGCCAAGAGGAUAUUUGACACCUACUCCCCCCAUGAGGACGAGGCCAUGAUCCUCUUCCUCAACAUGGUGACAAGAGGCCGCGUCCUCAUCUUCACCAUCAAGGACGAGGGUACGUUCCACCUGAAGGACUCUGCUAAGAACCUCCUGAAGAGCCUGGGGAGCGAGGUGUCUCUCAGCCUGAGCUGGAGGGACAUGUGGACCCUGGUGGUGAAGAAAGGAGGUCAGGUAUACGGAGAGAAGCACUCCAAGUCCCCAGCGUUGUCCACCUGGGGCGACCCCGUGCUGCUGAAGACCGAGGUGCAGCUCACCGCCUCUGAAGAGGCAGAGUGCCGCUGGGCCGACACGGAGCUGAACCGCCGCAGGAAGCUGUUCUGCAGUAAGGUGGAGGGCUACGGCAGCAUCUGCAGCUGCAAGGACCCGGCGCCCAUCGAGUUCACCCCCGACGCCCUGCCCAUCAACAAUGUCUUCGAUGUCCCGGUCGCAGUGAUUGCUGGGAACAGACCCAACUAUCUCUACAGAAUGCUGCGAUCUCUUCUGUCAGCUCAUGGUGUCAAUCCACAGAUGAUCACCGUCUUCAUCGAUGGAUAUUAUGAAGAGCCCAUGGAUGUGGUGGAGCUGUUUGGCCUGAAGGGAGUCCAGCACACGCCCAUCAGCAUCAAGAACGCCAGAGUGUCCCAGCACUACAAGGCGAGCCUGACCGCUACCUUCAACCUGCACCCGGACGUGAGCUUUGCCAUCGUCCUUGAAGAGGACCUGGACAUCUCCAUCGACUUCUUCAGUUUUCUGAGCCAGACGGUUCAUCUGCUGAACGAGGACGACAGCCUCUACUGCAUCUCUGCCUGGAACGACCAGGGCUACGAGCACACGGCGGAGGACCCCGCGCUGCUCUACAGGGUGGAGAGCAUGCCAGGCCUGGGCUGGGUGCUGAAGAAGAGCCUCUACAAGGACGAGCUGGAGCCCAAGUGGCCCACCCCCGAGAAGCUGUGGGACUGGGACAUGUGGAUGCGGAUGCCCGAGCAGAGGAAGGGGCGGGAGUGUGUCAUCCCCGACGUGUCGCGCUCGUACCACUUCGGCAUCAUCGGCCUGAACAUGAACGGAUACUUUCACGAGGUUUAUUUCAAGAAACACAAGUUCAACACGGUGCCCAACGUUCAGCUGAAGGACGUUGAAGGCUUGAAGCAGGACGCGUACGAAGUGGAGAUCCAGAGUCUGCUGAACGAGGCGGAGCUGCUGGACCACAGCAGGAACCCGUGUGAGGACGCCUUCGUCCCCGACACUGAGGGCAAGACCUACAUCAUGUACAUCAAGAUGGACACGGAGACGGACACGGACACCUGGACGGAGCUCGCCAAGUGCCUCCACGUGUGGGACCUGGACGUGAGGGGGAACCACGGCGGCCUGUGGCGUCUCUUCAGGAAGAGGAACCACGUGCUGGUGGUCGCCUUCCCCGUCUCCCCGUACUCUCUCAAGAAGCCAGCGAGCGUCACUCCCAUCCACCUGGAGCCUCCGCCCAAAGAAGAGGGCGCGGCCGUGGAGCAGAUGUGAGGCCAGCGGCCCCCCGCCCAGACCCCCGCACGCGGCGCUCCACCGCGGGGCCCCGCCCAGACCCCCGCACGCCGCGCUCCACCGCGGGGCCCCCAGCCUUUACCAACACAGGCCUUAACAACUCAUCAAACCCCCCUGCUCAGAACCCCCCCCCUGGUUCCCCCCGCUCCAGGAGUGUCCCCGCGUGGCUCCGACAGACCCUUGGCCGCCCCCUGGGGGCCGGGGGGGCUCCUGGCACCCGAUGGACGCCUUGACCAACGCCCACCGCUCGGUCCACACCAGGGGGUCGUGGGGGCCGCGAGGGUAUCGGUUAACAUUUCCGGGACUUCUGAGGGCGCCGGCGGGCGGGGGGCGGCGGGCUGACGUGCAGCGCGCCCUUCUGCCAUCGACUGAUGGGUGGGAAAGGGCAGAGGAGAGGACACCCCCCCACAGCCUCAGAGGGGGCCCCCACCUCUCCCCCCCCCCCCCCCUGGCUCCAGCCCCCCCUGUGUGACGCACUGUCCUGCGUGUGACUUCUUGCCGUUAUUUUAAACGUUUCCUUCCCCUUGUCUCUGUGGACCGCGGCACGUCGAGUCCAGUCUGUACAUACGGUUUAAAUUAUCUCUAUUUAUUUUACUCGUAUCUAUCCAUAUCUACUUCAUUUUUUAUUGACUACUUGAGAUCCGUACAUUUUUAAAGAAUGUUUACAGAAAUGAAAUAAUGUAUAGACAUGCAGAUAUAUUUUUCAUAGGGGGGGGUGGGGGGGGGGGGAGAUUAAACAUGACACGGAUCGUCAUUUUGCGGUUCACCAGAUUUCCCAGCGCAUGGCGUUUGCAGUGAUGGUACCGGGUUGGUACGGCCUCGUGGGCUAAACCAUUCAGAGAGCGGGAGAGGGAGACCCCGUACUGGGCGGGAGACUGACCCGGGGGGGGGGGGUUCUGGUACAUGGUACCGCCCAUGUUUCCUUUGUUCCUAAGGCAACGCUUUGACUUGUUCUUUUUGUUCCCCAUAUCUAUUCUGUGAAGUUGCAUUGCUUAAAUGUUAACAAAAGAACACGUCAAGUUGGACUCGGUAUUAAGCGACCGAUUAGGACGUUGAAUUGAGUAUUGAAGCUGAGGAUGAUUGUCAGAGAAAUAAUACAAACCAGACACUUUCAAAGCCAACAAUUUGGCUCAGCUUUCUACCUGGCCUAUUUCUGCACAAAGGAUGUAGGCCGGCUGUUCAGGAAUGGGAAGGCAUUCUUAUGGGUGGGGGGGGGGGAGAUGAUAACAGCCAAUAAGGAUAGAGAGGCUGAACAUGAGCAGCGCUAGAUAAUCUGGUGUGAUAAUCUGGUGUGAUAAUGGCUCCUGUGGUUCUGCCCUCUCCACUCCACGUGUCGUGGAUUCCAUUCAGAGAGCCGGUUCAGCCUUGUCAGCUCCAGCCCGUCUGAAAUUACUUUACAAACCGUCAUCUAACUCGCACGUCUCCACUGUCAUGCGACUGAUUGGAGCGACUGAAUUUCUUCAUAUUGUGUUUAUUUCUAUUAUUUUGAGGAGCGUUAAGAUCAGUAUGUUUUAACUGCCCUCGGUGCGUAACACUGUUCAGACUACGGUGGGUUGGUACGACAUUAUGUUAAUGGACCCUUUUGUGAAAUUAAUUGAUUUUGGGUUUGAGUUUAAUUGUUUUUAUUAACGAGUUUGGCCACUUAAUCUCUGAGUGCUAUCAGGUUUGAUAAGGACUGUCGCAAAGUGGGCCCGCGGCAGACCUUAGUGUGGUUAGAUGUGAUAACGCAACAGAGCGUUGGCGCGUCUUAGAAAAUCAAAGCAGUCCAUGGAAGACAUCUUGACAUGGAUGCGAGUUCCAAUAUCUUCUACCGUGAAAAAUAAAAGAUUUUUUGAA